CCGGUAACCGCUGGUACCUCGGCAUCUCCAGCUCCACACCAACGCCCCCAGGACCCCAGACUUUCACCUUUACUGUAGACCCGGUCCCUUCGUCGCAAGUCUAGUCCCGUCUUUUAACCUCGUCAACUUGCCUUGCCCAGUUGCCGAUGAAGCUGUGAGACGACGGAAUUUUGAGACUUGGCCUCCUCACCUUGACCUCUUUUCAUCUUACCUUCCCUUCACUCAACACACACAUACUCACUGAGCCUACACAGCAAAAACACACAAAGACUGAGUGUGUCGUGGCCAUCGCUCUCACACACUCGCUGAAUCUCAUCUUAUUUCAUCUCAAUUCAACUCAACCAAGUUAACCAGCCUCACUCGCCAUGUCCUCCGUCUUCCGCAUCAAGGAACACGUCCUCGACGGCUCACACAUCCGCGAGUUCCCCCGCGCCCUCUCCCGCUCCCAAGACGACGUCCUCAAACUCGCCGUAAAGGAAUACAUCCCGAAGGACAACCCGAACCCGCAACCCGGCGACGUCACAAUCAUUGGCGCCCACGCCAACGGUUUCCCCAAGGAACUCUACGAGGCCCUCUGGCAAGACCUCCACGCCCAAUCCCUCCUCCCCACCUCCAAAUUCCGCAUCCGCUCCAUCAUAAUCGCAGACGCAGCCUGGCAAGGCCGCUCCUCGACCCUAAACGAACCCCUCCUCGGCAACGACCCAGGCUGGUUCGACCACCCCCGCGACCUCCUCCACCUCAUCAACACCCUCCGCCCGCCCCGUCCCCUGCUGGGCGUAGGCCACUCCUUCGGCGGCAACGCAAUCGCCAACGUCGCCCUCAUCAACCCGCGCCUCUUCUCCGGCGUCGUCCUCCUCGACCCCGUCAUCUCGAAAUGGUCCUCCAAUGCCAAAGGCACCAUCGCCGCUUCACCCGCCGCAGCGAGCGCUCGACGAAGAGACCUCUGGCCGUCCCGCGAGGAAGCACGCAAAGCCUUUCUCAAGAGUCCCUUCUACCGCGGCUGGGAUGAGAGGGUAUUCAACGCGUGGAUGGACCACGGCCUCCGCGACGUACCGACACAACUCUACCCCUCCCCUUCCUCCAACACUCCCAACACCACCCUCACAAAAGAAAGCGUAACCCUCGCCACAACAAAACACCAAGAAGUCUUCACCUACUUCCGCCCCUCCUGGCACGCCUACGACUCCACAGGCCACCGCCUUCUCCACCCCGACCUUGUCCCGGACCUCGACCCGGCCCUCAACGAGCGGUACUACACCUUCCCCGUCUACCGCUCCGAAGGCGCCUCCACCCUCGUCCGCCUCCCGCACCUCCGGCCCAGCUGUCUCUACGUAUUUGGCGGCGCAAGCGAUCUCUCCACGCCGGAGCUGCGCGAUGAGAAGAUGAGGUUGACGGGGACCGGUGUCGGCGGUAGCGGUGGGGUAGAGAGGGAGAGGGUGAAAGAAAUUACGUUGGAGGGAGCGGGCCAUUUGUUUCCCAUGGAGGUUCCGGGUGUGAGUGCGAAGUUGACGGCGGAGUGGAUUGAAAAGUGUGUGGGGGAGUGGAGGGUUGAGCAGGAGGACUAUGAGCGGUGGACGAGGUUGAGUGUUGAGGAGAAGACGACGCUUACGGAGGAGUGGAUAGGCAAGAUUGGGGGGUCGGCGAGGCCGCCCAAGGCCAAGAUGUAGAGAUUGUGUGCUGUGUUUGUGUUUUCCCACGAGCGAAGAGACUUUAGACAGACCGAGAGGAGCGAGCAUAAUAG